CACGAAGCGUCGCCGUUUUCCAAUUCUGGUAGAUCCCAAGAUCUUGUGAGCGGAUGUCGUUGUUCCAGGCGCGGGAAUGGUGGACGGUGGCGAGCGGCAAUGCGGAAGAGUACACUUACGGUGCUUUGUCUGUGGGGAACGUCGACAACGAUCCAACGCCGCAUGACAAGAUCGUCGUGGGCAGUCUGAAUGGGACCCUUCGGGUGUACUACCCGACUCACGGCGAGUUCAAGAUCGACCACCUUCUCAUGGAAGAGCAUCUCGAGCACCCCAUCCUGCAAGUCGAAGUGGGUCGCUUUGUGCCGCACUCGUCCAACGUUGGCAUCGCGGUGCUGCAUCCAAAGCACCUUGCCGUGUACUGCCUCGACGGCGUUGGCGGCGCUGGCAUGGCGGCGAGCUACUUCAAGCUGACCAAAAAAUAUGAACAUCCGCUCGGCCUCGACGGCGAGCACUUCACUGCGUUCAACAUGACCAUCGGUUCCUUUGGCAAGUCGCCCGAGAAGGAUCAUAUUUGCGUGCAGUCGCUGGACGGGCGCCUUCAGUUCUUUGAGCAGGACCGAUUUAGCUUUAUGCAACAACUGCCCACGUGCCUUGUUCCAGGAACCAUGUGCUACGCAGCUGCUACCGAUUCGCUUAUCACGGCGACGUCGGACUUGCAUGUCGAAUGCUACCGGUACCAGGUGAUGGCGACGUCUGUGGUGUUAAAGAAGAAGCACAACGACGACGGGGCAAAGCAAGACGCAAAAGAGGCCAAGGGGGUCACUGCCGUGAAGGCCCUGCACUCGGAAUGGCGCACCAACUUGGGGGAGCUGGUGCUGGACAUUCGAACGGGAAAAUUCCACUGGGAAGUCCGCGCGCGGAGCUUUGACGUGGUCGUGCUGGGGGAAUUUUCCCUCUUUUGCCUCACGCCGUCCGGGGACGUGUGCUUUCACAAGCGCUUGGGGUUCCACCCGUCGUCGUUGUGUCUGUACAGUCGUCCAUUGUGUGACAACUCGGAAAGCACGGAUAACGUUAUCAUUGCCACCCACGCCAAGCAGUGGAUGAUCUUCCGCGAUGCGCACUUGAUUUGGUCGGCCGUCGCGCCCUCCAUCUCAACGGCGCUCUCGGUCUCCAGCUUUGGGGGCAUCGACGGCAUGGUCGUGAGUUUGGACGACGAUGGGCGGCUGAGCGUCAACUACCUCGGCACGGACCCGCCCACGACGUCUGUGAUGGCGUCCGACGCCAAGGAAGUCAACUACGAGGAGAUGGACGAGGAGCACCGCACGCUGCUCAAUAUCAUCCGGCGGUCGCAGGGGGAGCGUCGAACCGAGCCGAAGGAGCGCGUGCUGCUGCGCGCCCAAGUGCCGGCGUUGCUGGACCCACCGUCGCUUCACACGGAGGCAGACCUGCGUACGUUUACCGGUCGCGAGAACGCCGAUGAAAACGUCACGACCGACGGUGACGUGGUCACUGGACCCGACCACAAACCCGUGGCGCUCACGAUGCGCGUGUACGUCACGUACACGGGCAGCAACGUGUUGAAUAACGUCACCAUCGCCAUCACCCCACCCGCCAACGUCAUCGUAUGUGGUCCGUCGUCGAUCUUGCUCGACUCGAUCGACGGCAAAGCCGGCACGCCGCUGAUUCUACCCAUCGUGCUGCGUCCCAGUGCCUCAGUCAUGCCAUCCUCACUCGACGUGAUCAUCUCUGCCGCGUAUACACUCGAAAGCGGCCAGCCCCGCACGUCGCUGUGCACGGUGAAGCUGCCCAUGUGCAUGAUGUGUCGGUUGAUUCCGCCCGUAAAAGCGAGCACGUUCAAGUUUACAUUGGACACGAACCAAGAACCUCCACAAUUGACCGAGCUGUUUGACGACAUGUUGACGCAACCUGGAGCGACGCCGGACUGGGCAAAACAAGUCACGGGGUCGGCAGCGAAUGUGCUGAGCUUCCAAUACUACAACGGCAUCGACGUGACGAUCCUCGUGUCGAAAAAUGCAGGGCGAUACCGCAUUCAGUCGACCGAGCUCGAUGCAUUGUGGAUGGUCUCGAACGAACUCGUGGACCGAUUGCAGUUGCUCCAUGUGCAACAAACCCAGGGGGACGACGACGACGACCCAUCGGCGCUGCCGCCGCCGCUGCAUAUUCAGUACCAGGAGCCGCUGCCGCUCGCCGACUUCUUUGCCGCCAUCGACGAGCAUUUUGCGUAUCGAAAAGAAAUGGCCGAGUUGCAUGCGGAAUUGAACGACCGGGCGCACCAGUUCCGAGUCAUCCAAAAGCGGCUGUUGGUCCGAUACAAGGACCGCAGUCCGUCGCCGCUGAAUUGUCUGGAUAUGCUCCUCCAUGGAACGUAUUCCCAGCUCCUGGACCUGUCCAGGCGGGUAGACCACGUGCAAAGCAAGGUGCAAGUGUCAGCAAAUCGACUGGCGUGCAGUGUACAUUUGCUGCUCAUGCUCAUACGAUACAAGUUUGACCUGGACGAUGACAACUUUGCCGUGCUCAGCGCACACUUGAGUCCCCGCGUGGCCGACGCGUGGGAGGAAUCCACGGAAACAGCAAUGACCGACUUGCUCAAGACGGCCCUGGCAGUGAAGAAGGAGAAUGCAGCCGCCGUCGCCGGUAAGCCGCGAUCGACGUAUGUUGCUGUGACUUGAAGGAGUGGUCCGUAGUAGGGGUGCCGGUGGAAUUGGUGCUGCCCGAAGACACGAAGAAGCUGAAGAAACACAUUACCAUCGUUUGCGACCGCCUCGGCAAAGGAGGUCGAUUGGUCGGCGGUGCCACGUCAGCUGCGGCCGCCGCGGGCAAGUCCGACGCGAAUGACGACGAUGGCGGCAAAGAAGAGAAGGACAGUGGAGCCAAACCUUAAUGUAUGUAAAUAGAAGACGACACAUGGCCCGUUGGAUUCCCAUCUAGCCGAUCAUCCAUCACUGAUUUCUU